AUGGCCCAGAUGCUCGCGCCUCUGGCAUCUUCCGCCGUGGAGCACGAGACGAGCCCUACCUUUAAUCCUCCUCCUACAUCGUUCCCCUACCCCGAACGGCCGAAAUCAGCAGACAGCGACUCUCGUGGGCGCUCAGAUCCUCCUCUUCACAGUGGGUCGCAUACGCAGGAUUCAAAAACUCCCAAAGAUGCUGAACAAGAGCACGAACAGAAUGGCAACGAUGAAAGGCCGCGCCUCCCUUUGCGCAGGUACGAGACGGAAGUCGUUCUCCCUACUUCCUCAAGAACAUCAGCACACGCCAGAGAGCAUCGGUCCACAGCGAACUACCCUAUCUUACCGAGUGCUGAACCUCGAGCGUCGUCGAGCGAUUCGGACACGUCGAGUUUGUCGGAUGAGGACUACCCUCCUGGAUUGCAAAGGGCACAUACACAACCCGCUCACAAUGUGCUAUCCAAAUCUCAACUCAAUCGAGUGCGGACACACCAGAGGCCGUCGCAUCUCACGGUGGGGAACGAGUUCUUUCAAUCUCAGGGGAGAAUAGCCAGGGAUGGCAGAUUGAAUAUCUCGGUAAAUGAGACGACUCAGACGGGCUACCUUGCCAAAGCUUUGGGCGCCACUAUUCGACACCAGCUCGGUCCCGAUUAUCAGGAGGAGGCACAACUGGCGGAUAAGGCCAAGGCGGAUUUCCUCAGAGACAAGCACAAGCUUGUCAUUCCCUCGAUGAACAUUGUGAUUAUGGUAAUUGGAAGCCGUGGCGACAUUCAGCCCUUCCUAAAAAUCGGAAAGAUCUUGAGGGACAAAUACAACCAUCGAGUAAGGAUUGCCUCACAUCCGACCUUUAAGCAGUUCGUGGAGAAAGAGGUUGGUCUCGAAUUUUUUUCCGUGGGCGGGGAUCCGUCCGAAUUGAUGGCAUUCAUGGUCAAAAAUCCCGGGUUGAUUCCGUCGCUCGAGACUGUCAAGUCUGGAGAGAUAGGCAAACGGCGCGAGUCAAUGUAUCAAAUGUUCCAAGGAUUUUGGAGGGCGUGCAUCAAUGCCACCGACAACGAAACGGACGUCGCCAACCUGGAAAUGAUGCGCUCGAGGCCCCCUUUUGUGGCCGACGCAAUUAUAGCCAACCCCCCUUCUUUCGCGCACUAUCAUUGUGCAGAGAAGCUGAGUGUUCCUCUGCACUUGGUCUUUACCUUUCCUUACUCCCCCACGCAGGCGUUCCCACACCCCUUGGCCAAUAUCAAGGCUUCAAAUGUUGAUCAGAGGUACACAAAUUUCAUGAGCUAUCCCUUGGUCGAUUUGAUGACAUGGCAGGGAUUGGGCGAUUUAAUCAACCGAUUUCGUGUCCAAACUCUGGGCUUGGAACCUGUCUCGACUUUAUGGGCACCCGGCCAACUCUCUCGUCUCAAGGUUCCGGUAACAUACCUCUGGUCACCAGGCUUGGUUCCGAAGCCUCGUGACUGGGGCGCAGAGAUUGACAUCGCAGGUUACGUCUUCUUGGAUCUAGCAACAUCUUAUAAUCCUCCAGAAGACCUAGCUAAAUUUCUGGAGAGAUCGGAUGAUCGACCCAUCGUCUACAUAGGGUUUGGAUCGAUUUCGGGGAUUAGUGACCCAGUGGCAUUUACCAAGAUGGUUUUCGAGGCCGUUGAGAAGGCUAAUGUUCGCGCUGUGAUCAGCAGAGGAUGGGGAGGAAUGGGUGACGGUAUGGACAGGCCGGAUGGCAUCUUCUUGAUUGAUAACGUACCCCACGACUGGCUCUUCCCUCGUGUUGAUGCAGUGGUCCACCACGGUGGCGCAGGGACCACGGCUGCCGGACUGAGAUUCGGUAAGCCAACAAUGAUCGUCCCUUUCUUUGGAGAUCAACCUUUCUGGAGUGCUAUGGUCGCAAGGGCAGGAGCUGGUGCGAAAGAGGCUCUUCCACUCAAGAAACUCGACAGCGACAAGUUCGCCGACGGCAUCCGGCAGUGCCUCGAACCCGAGGCCAAAGCCAAAGCGCAAGCGAUUGCAAAAAGCAUUCAAGAGGAAGGGGACGGCGCAGAAAACGCGGUGGACUCUUUUCAUCGACACCUGGAUCUCGAAGGUCCACAUUCGGUGCGGUGCAAUAUCUUCCCAGAUCGUGUAGCUGUUUGGAAGACUCGGCACGCAAGCACGCGCCUGUCGGCACUGGCCGCGCAUUUGCUCGUGGAAAGUAAACAGAUCCAUUGGUCAGACCUGGAAUUGGCCAGAAACCAUGAAUGGACCGACUUCCAAGGACCUGGGGAGCCGAUCACCGGCGCGGGCGGUGUGCUCGUUCAAGCCUUUCAAGAGGCAUGCCAUGGGCUGAUAACGAUGCACGAGGCGGCGAAAAGAGACAUCAAACAUUACGAGAAGCACAGGCGGAGACAGAAGCAGAAGUCUGCGAUCGACGGACUGAUCCUGCCUGGACGGAUUGCUAUGGCCACACGCGGCACCUCUGUCGACGCGCAGAGGAAAGAGCACGCCAAACUCAUGCGCCAAUUCAAUUUCCAUGGCGAGGCAGAGCCAGUGAAGUUGCCCUUUGGCCAGUCUAGUCUCGACCAGGACGAGGCCGGGCACGCCUCCACGCUGUCGAGGACCACAACAACGAGUUCAGAUCGGACGCCGCCAAUGGUGGUAAUCCUGAAAGAUGUGGGGAAAGGCAUUGGUCAUUCCAGUAAAGCCAUCGCAGCAUUGCCCUUACAAAUGUGGCAUGCCCUUGCUCUCGGGUUUCACAACGCACCCCGACUAUAUGGUGACAAAACCGUGCGGCCUUCUCCCCAAGGUAUCGAUGGAUUUCGCACGGGCCUCAAGGUCGCUGGCAAAGAAUUUUGGCUAGGACUAUACGACGGCGUCACGGGUGUCGUGCGAAUCCCAUACCUCGAUGUCCAGGAGGAUGGCAUGUCUGCAUUGCCCAAAGGUGUUGCGCGAGGCAUCGGCGGGUUGGUGUUGAAGCCUGUCUCCGGCGUGCUUGGACUGGGUGCCUUUACAGCCAAAGGAGUCCAAAAUAGUGUUCGGCGACGAGUACGAGACACUCAAAAGACAGAACGAUGGAUUCGACACGCAAGGAUGGCGCAAGGUCACAGAGAAGCUCAGAUGUUGCAAGAGCAGCGGAAAGACGGCAGCUCAGAGUCGACUCAAGCCCGCUGUCCUAUGCUGCCCGACCUAGCAGAGGCUCGCAAACACGCACUGCACCUGUGGACGACGUAUGAGAAGGACAAGGUGGCCGAGGAACGGGAAAAAGAAAAGCGACUCCUGCUCAACAAGAUGCGCAGCGAAAAUACACCAGCACCCAAACGACCCUCUCUUCCCACCCCUCCUUCGGUUCCAAGUCCCUGA